AAAUUAUCGGAGAAGCUUACCGCUCUGCUCUGCGCGGGAAUAAGUAGAAGAAGAGAGAGACCUAACGCCAUUGCUAACCUCUUGUGGUCUUGCUCUUUCCCUCUCUUUCCGUUUUUAAGCUGUAAACAUGGCUCGAAAUAAGGAAAGUCUGGUGCUGCUGAUUGAAGUCGGUCCGUCGAUGCAUGGUGUGCUGCCGGAAGUUGAAAAAGUUUGUUGCCUACUUGCAGAGAAGAAGCUGAUUUACGGAAAGUAUGAUGAAGUGGGAGUUGUGGCCUUUGGUACUACAGAUACUAAAAAUGACUUGACAGUGGAAGUGGGCGGGUACGAGAAUGUGACUGUUUUGAGGGAUAUUAAGGUUGUUGAUGGGGCUCUUGUGGAUGUUCUACAUCAACUUCCUCGAGGAAGUGCAUGUGGAGAUUUUCUUGAUGCUGUUGUUGUUGGGAUGGAUAUGAUGAUAAAGAAGUAUAAGGAAACUAACAAGGGAAAGAAGCGUUUAUGCCUCAUAACUAAUGCAGUUACUCCAACCAGACUCCCAUAUGAGGGAACAAAGGAGGAUCAAGUAAAAACAGUUGCAGCACAGAUGAUGGCACAUGGCAUGAAGAUGGAUUGUGUUGUUGUUAGAGCACAAAAAGAUUGGGACGUGGACAAGAAGAUUGUGGAAGAGAAUGACUUCCUUUUGGGUCUGCUUUCCAACAAAUCUUCUUCAAAGGUGUAUGUGGGGAAUGCAACUUCCUUAUUAGGUGCACUAAGGACUCGUAAUAUAACACCAGUUACUACAUACAGGGGUGAUUUUGAGCUGAGCUCUAUAAUGAAGAUCAAGGUCUGGGUCUACAAGAAAACAUGUGAAGAGAAAUUUCCCACUUUGAAAAAGUAUUCUGAUAAGGCGCCUCCAACAGAUAAAUUUGCCUCACAUGAAAUUAAGGUUGAUUAUGAAUACCGAAGUAUUGAAGAUCCCAAGAGAGUUGUUCCCCCAGAACAAAGGAUCAAGGGCUACCGCUACGGUCCUCAAGUUGUCCCUAUAUCAUCUGCUGAAUGGGAGGCUGUGAAGUUCAAACCAGAGAAGGGUUUGAAACUUUUAGGCUUUACGGAUGCUUCAAAUAUCAUGAGACAUCAUUAUAUGAAAGACGUAAACCUCUUCAUUGCUGAACCUGGGAAUACAAAGGCCAUUCUUGCAAUUUCUGCAUUAGCAAGAGCAAUGAAGGAAAUGAACAAAGUAGCUAUAGUCCGCUGUGUGUGGAGACAGGGGCAGACGAAUGUUGUUAUAGGGGUUCUAAGUCCUAAUGUGUCAGCGAAAGAUAACGUUCCAGAUUCAUUUUACUUCAAUGUGCUGCCUUUUGCGGAGGAUGUGAGAGAGUUCCAGUUUCCUUCAUUUAGCAAUCUCCCUUCAUCAAUGCAGCCAAAUGAACAGCAGCAAGAGGCUGCAGAUAAAUUGGUACAGAUGCUUGAUCUUGCUCCAGCUGACGGAGAGGAAGUUUUGCCACCAGAUCUCACACCUAAUCCUGCUCUUGAGCGCUUUUACCGCUCUCUUGAGUUGAGAUCUAAGGACCCAAGUGCUAAUAUCCCCCAAAUUGAUGAGACCCUCAAAAGGAUAACAGAGCCUGAUCCCGAACUUCUUCAUCAAAAUACAGCCGUGAUUGAGGAAUUCUGUAGGUCCUUUGAACUCAAAGAAAACCCAAAGCUUAAAAAAUCAUCUAGAAGAAUAAGAGAAAAACCAACUGGAUCAAGUGAAGAAGGGGAAGGAGUUGCUACUGCUGGCCAAGCAAUGGACGUUGCUGAAUACACGUCGCCAGUCAAAGUCGAGCAACUGGGAGAUUCAAAUACUGUUCAAGAAUUUGAAGCCAUGAUGUCUCGUAGAGAUAGUCCAGACUGGGUUCGUAAAGCUUUCCAGAGUAUGAAGGAUAAGAUAUAUAGUCUAGUAGAGGACUCCGUUGAAGGAGACACAUAUCAGAAAAUUCUCGAGUGCUUAGUUGCUCUCCGCAAAGGUUGCAUUUGUAAGCAGGAACCAGAACAGUUCAAUGAUUUUCUGCGCCAUCUCAACAAAUUCUGCCAGGAGAGACACCUGGACAGCUUAUCUGAUUUUUUAGCAUCAAAUAAUGUGAUGCUAAUAAGCAAGAGUGAAGAACCUGAGAGCAACAUUCCAGAAACUGAAGCACGUGUUCUUCCACUGAAGAAUGAGCCAUAAGCUGAGGAAUGGUCUUUGAGGCGAUAUCCAUGAGUGCAUAUUUUGACAUGAAAAAGAUGGACAGUUUUUACCAUUUAUGUUGAAGUAGCCAAAGAACUGAAGCAAUGAGAGUGAUAUUGUCUGUGAUGCCUGAAAUCUUUUAAUGGAUGUGAGGAAAGGUUGUUGUGGUCAAGUGGGUCACUUACAUUUCUGAUGCACAAUUCAGUUAAUUUAUGAACCCUAAACCCUAUCCAUUCUAAUUGCAAUCAAGUUGAACUGUAUUUGAGAAUUGAUACACUCUAGUGAAGGUGGUUGCAUUGUGUAUUUGAAUGUAAACAAAUUUGUUUUGGUCUGCAA